AUGAUCAUUGUAGCUGAUUUGCUUGAUUGGCAAAUAAAAUUACUCCUUGAGGUGUUGAGAAGGCAUAUCAAAGCUAUAGGGUGGACUAUAGCUGACAUAGUGCGCAUAUCUCCCGGUAUUUGCACUCACAAAAUUCAACUUGAUAGUGAUUGUAAGCCAAGUGUUGAACAUCAGCGGAGAUUGAACCCACUGAUGCAAGAGAAAGGUAUAGUUCUUGGUCACAAAGUGUCACAAAAGGGGCUGGAGGUUGACAAAGCAAAGAUUGAAGUGAUUGAGAAGUUUCCACCACCAAUUUCAGUGAAGUGUGUUUGUUGUUUCUUGGGACAUGCCGGUUUUUACCGGAGGUUCAUCAAAGACUUCUCAAAGAUUGCAAGUCCUCUAUGCAAAAUCUUGGAAAAGAAGGUGAAAUUCCACUUUGAUGAUGCUUGCAUGGUAUUCACGGUAACUCUCAACCAACCUCUUUGGUAUGCUGAUUGUGCCAAUUAUGUAGUGUAUGGAUUAAUGCCGGAUGAACUGAACUUCUACCAACAAAAGAGGUUAUUGUUUGAUGUUAAGAAGUACUUUUGGGAUGAACCAUACUUAUUCAGAGAGUAUACUGACCAUAUCAUUAGAAGAUGUGUUCCAAAAAAAGAAGCUAUUGAAAUUCUCCAUGCUUGUCAUGCUUCACCGGUUGGAAGUCAUCAUGGUGGUGUGUACGUACAACUUCUAAAGUUCUACGAAGUGUGUACUACUGUCCGUCUCUCUACAAAGAUUCUCAUGAGUUUGUUAAGAAGUGCAGUCAAUGUCAGAAACAAGGUUGUUGCACAUCCAAAGAAUGAAGGAAAAACCGUUGUUCAUUACUUGAAAUGCUACAUCUUUGCGAGAUUAGUUACUUCUCAGGCUAUUAUUAGCGAUGGGGGAUCCCACUUUUACAACCAGUGUUUUUCAGCUGCAUUGAGCAUGUAUGGAGUGAAACACAAAGUAGCAACUCCGUAUCAUCCCCAAACGAGUGGCCAGGUUGAAGUGUCAAUCGGGAAAUCAAAAGCAUCUUGGCCAAGACAGUGA